CGAGAAACCUUGUGAUCUACCCCGGCGGCAAGACGACUACCACACGUGUUAAAGUGCUGACAACCUUGCAAAAAAGCUUUGGAAUACCGUACUACUUACUGUACGUCCUUCGCACACAGCUUGGCACCUCCUGAAAUUUCAAGAGAUUCGAGCAUUCAGUUUACAAAUGACUCGGUGACAACUGUCAAAUAUUUCUCGUGUCGUCCGAAGCCAGAAUUCUACACAACAAGCCUGAAUUUUGCAGAUAACAAAGACCUCUUUUUUUUCCCUUUUACCCAUUACGGAAACGCUCCAGAACACAUUCGGCAUGAAUUUCGGGGCUAUGUACUUGGGGGACCCUCGUUGGGCUUCUGUUGCACCCCCAUUCUGGGCUGAAAAAGAGGACGAUGGAUGCACACGCACGCACCCUUUUGCUUCUUGAUCCAGUAGUAUGGAUACCUCCGGGUAAGCGAGGGCGGCACCGGCCUUGCCUAGCGGGUGAAAUAUAUCGCCCCCCGUUGGUGGCAACCUGGCUGCUGCGAUGCAAAGAAACAUUCUUCCUCGGAGGCAGCACACACAUAGGGACGCUGUUUGCAAAACGUCCCGCGUCGAUGUCUAGACCUUGAAGCUGAUCGAUCCUGCGACGCCACUGUGUCUCCGAUAUGGAGGGUUUCCGGGAGGGAUGAGCGAGGAGGAAUUUAUGACCCACGUCGGUGCAUCAGCAAAAACAAACCAUGAGAUGACAUUGGCCCGUUUGUGGAUAUUUUGUUCGAUGCUGCAGCAGAAGGAGAGCGGGACUCAUCCAAACUCAAAUUAACAUGGUCGACUUCACUCUGCUAAUCUCAAGGCUUGAGACAUGUCAACGGUGAAGAAAGAAGGCGACGGAGAAUUCUGACGCGCGCAUAUGAGCCUGAUGGGCGGUGACAGCCCUAGCGACCAAAUACCUGGAAAUGUGGGAACCUGGAUCUUGCCUGGAGAGUCGGGGGUGAGUGAAGGCCAGGAGAAAAAUAUGAUGCUGGGAUCACCUGGUCGGACCCCCUUGACAAAGUUCGACACAGGAUUCCAUGCUUGCCACUACAUGGAAAACCACCAGAUCGCAGCCUCUAUGGGUGGCUUGUUUUGUCUAGACCAGACUACAGGCAGUUGUAUCCUUGGGUAGCAAGUCAACUGAUUUGAUUUGUCUUUGUCGGAAGAGGUAGGGGGGACAAAGAAGAAAAGAGGUCAGAUGUUGCGGGUGGUGUGGGACGCGUUGCUACAUUGACAUUUGGUACCGGUCAAUGCGGGCAUAUGCUUGAGCUGCCACUAACACCCGAGGGCGAGUCAAAAGUUCUCCAGAGGGCGAUGGCAUUUGACAAAUGGAUAGCUUGCCAGAAGCAAUCUAUUCGGAGAUCUGGAGGAGCCCGAGGGCGAUAGACACUCCCUACUCCAUACAUGAAGAUCCAAGGUUUUUGCAUCUUUGUUUCAAUGGAAUAUAAAUACAGCUCCGGCAGUCCGGUCCAUCUCGACCUCGACGAGGAUGGAAGAACGCCAGGGACCCCCGUCAAGUCAUCGUCUUGUUUCCAUCAGUACGGUUCGGUUGUCGAGAGGACAAGAGUCAGUUGGUGCCUUUCGCUCGGGACACUGGAACAUACGUUUUUAAUUAAUACAUACAUUGGACGAUUUUUCGGCCGGGAGCUCAGGAAACCGGCAUUCUACCUGGAUAAGCCGUUUACCUUGGGUUACGACCGUUGAGGCAGUAGGGAUGGAUAUCCAGACCUGCGCUGUUCUCUCCGCGCUGGAGACGGUGGCAUGGGUCGGGUUUCAUGAAUAUCGUUCGCUUGCUCUGACCACCCGCAAGGAGCUCGUUGCCGUCUUUUCGGUGUUUUUCUUGGUGCAGUAUUUGUGCGCCAAGAUAUACCGGAUAUUCAUAUAUCCUGUCCAUGUCUCUCCCCUGCGACAUCUGCCUACACCAAAGGGGAACCACUUCAUGCUUGGACAGCUUGUCAACCAGUUCCGAGCAUCCUGCCCAAACGAGCUAUAUCUCAAGUGGACGAGCCAAUGGCCUGACAGUCCAUUUGUGCGUUUCUUUACCAUUGGCAACAAAGAGUCGCUUCUGAUCAACGGCAUUGAGGCGAACCGUGAGGUCUUUGCGACGCACUGCUAUGCAUUCACAAAGCCCAGCCUCUUUCUCCGCUUUGUUGGUGACAUUGCUGGCACUGGACUGUUGUUCACUGAGGGAGAUGAGCACAAGAGACACAGAAAGAUGAUACUCAAUGUCUUUUCGGUUCCGAACCUCAAGAAAAUGUUCCCGAUAUUUCAGGAAAAGGCCGAAGAGCUUUCGCAACAUCUAGACGCCACAAUAGCCGCCAGCACGGGUGGUAGCAUCGAUGUACAGUGCAUCUACUCCAAGGCGACCAUCGACAUCAUUGGCAUCACGGCCCUGGGUCUAGACCUUCGUAAUCUGAAGUCCACCAAACUUCGGAUGGACUUCUUACAGUGCUAUCGUCGCAUGCAUGAGCAGCCAUUCUCUGCGGCCCUCAUCUCAUUUAUCAACGUACACGUUCCCAUCCGUAGGCUGUUGUGGUUCGUCCGCGCCAACCGCGACUUUGUCGAGGCCUCCCAGGAGGUUCGCGCCAUGCUCCGAACCUGCAUACGCGAACGCAUCCGGGAUGUCGACUCGAGGAAGGGGGCCGAAGUCAAGUUCCAGAGCCGCGACCUCCUGACCUACAUGGUCGAGGAGAGGCUGCUGGCGCAGUGCAAAGACCCGCUCACGACCGAGGACAUCCUCGGCCACCUCCUCAACUUUUUGUCGGCCGGCCACGAGACCACUACCGGCGUCAUGACUUGGGCUUCCUACGUCCUCGCCACCAACCCCCGGAUACAGGAUAGGCUGCGCGCAGAGGUCGAGGCGCUGCUGAAGGAGUCGCCUUGUCCUAGCUACAGCGACAUUGAGCGGAUGAAGUACAUGCACAACUUUGUGCGUGAGGUGCUCCGUCUCUACAGUCCAGCCGUCGCCACGUACCGAGAAGCCGCCAAGGACGUCACCAUCUGCGGCACCCUGAUCCCCAAGGGCACGCAUCUUGUGCUGUGCCCGUCGGUCUGCAACAAAUCAAAGAGGAUCUGGGGCGCAGACGCGGAAGAGUUCGUACCGGAGCGCUGGGAGAAGCUCGACGGCGAAGCGGCCAGCCCCUACUCCAUCAUGACCUUCCUCGCCGGGCCCCGGCAGUGCAUCGGGAAACAGUACGCGCUGCAGGAGGUCAAGGUGCUGCUGAUCGAGGUCAUCAGCAAGUUCAGGCUCCUGCCGACCGAGGAGCUGGUCAGCAACGACUUCAAGGUCAAUAUCAGCAACCCGGGCGUGGUCCUCCGGCCCAAGGGGGGCAUGGUGCUUCGUGUUGAGCGUCUCUAAACAAAUGAACAAAACAUCAAACUAGAACAAGCUAGACAAAGCUAGAAGCUUAGAAAUAGUAGUAUAUAAUUCCUCUCUCAACUAUCUUUUUCUUGUGGAGGUACUCGGGCUCAGGCAGGGAGAUUGGAGCCGGGACAAGGUUGCAUUCAGCGGGCAUCAGUGUACAGGUUUACUCGAUCAUUUACUUCACUAGCGACUGACUAUUCUUUUUUUUGGACUCUCAAUAUACGCAUGAUUAAAAAAAAGCCAG